CUCUGCCUUUAAGCCGGGCGCCUCGCCGCGCACACGCUCCCAGCCGGUGCCGGGCGAGGUGCGGAGCGCGAUGCCCGGUGCCCGCAGGAUGCCCCCGGCUCCGGGCUGCUGCCCCGCCUGGCUGCUGCUGGCCUGGCAGCUCCUGGCCCCGGGCUGGGCCGCCCCCUGCCCCGGGGCGUGCAGGUGUUACGGGGCCACCUCGCUCCAGUGCCUGGAGCCCAACCGCGUCCGCGGGCUGGGCGAGCUGGUGGGGACGGAGAACUUCACCGAAGUGGUCAUCGAGAACCAGAAGGACGUGACGAGCUUGACUCAGGCCGACACCAAGUCCCUGCGGGAGCUGAAGAACCUCACCAUCGCCGCCUCCGGGCUGCAGUACAUCGCCGCCGAUGCUUUCCGCGCCAACCCCAAGCUGACCCAUUUGAACCUCUCCUCCAACUACCUGCAGUCGCUCUCCUGGCAGACGUUCUACCCCCUGGCCCUGCAGGAACUGGUCCUCGUGGGGAACCCCUUCCUGUGCUCGUGUGGGAUCCGCUGGCUGCAGCUGUGGCAAAGGAAUGGCUGGGCCGACUUGGGGAACCAGUCCCUGAGCUGCUGGCAGGAGAGAGAGGAAAUCCCCCUGGAGGAUCUAAACCUCAAGGACUGCGACCCGCCAGAGAUCUGGAUCGACUACCAGGACGUGCUGGUGCAGCAGGGCGAGAGCGUGAACCUAACGUGCCACUUCACGGGCAAGCCGCGGGCACACGGGCGCUGGAUCCUACCCGACGUGGGACCCGAGCCCACCAUCAUCACCAAGAUGUCGGACGCGGAAAUCACCCUGCAGAUCUUCAACGUUUCCUCCCGCUUUAACCGAAAAGACGUCACCUGCUGGGCGGAGAACGAGGCAGGCCCCAGCGAGAAAGCUGUGCAGCUGAAUGUCACUUUCCCCGCCGUGAUCCUGGACCUGCAGGAAGCCAUUCCCCAGCACUACUGGUGCAUCCCCUUCUCGGUGGACGGCAACCCGCCUCCGGCCCUCCGGUGGCUGUUCAACGGCUCCGCCCUGGCGGAAGGGCAGUACAUCCACACCAAGAUCGUGGAGUACGAACACAACUCCACCGUGGCGCACGGCUGCCUGCAGCUCAACCGGCCUACGCACGUCAACAACGGGAACUACACCCUGCUGGCCCGCAACCCGCUGGGCGCCGACGCCCGCACCGUCCCGGGACGCUUCAUGGACAACCCCUUCAGCUUCAACCCCGAGGAGCCAAUUGUUGUGUCCCUGCCUCCGGUGGGCAAGGGGAACAGCACGCUGGAUGGGCCGGUGGAGACGUCAGAGGAACACACGUUUGGGGUCUCCGUGGCGGUGGCGCUGGCUGUCUUCGCGUGCCUCUUCCUCUCCAUCAUGCUGAUCGUGCUCAACAAAUGCGGGCGGCAUUCCAAGUUCGGCAUUAACCGGGCGGCCGUGCUGGCCCAGGACGACGACCUGGCCAUGUCCUUGCACUUCAUGAACCUGGGCAGCAGCCCCCAGUCCUCAGCCGAGAGCAAACUGGAGGGGCUGAAAACCAACUUCAUUGAGAACCCACAGUACUUCUGCGACACGUGUGUCCACCACAUCAAGCGCAGGGACAUCGUGCUGAAGUGGGAGCUGGGGGAAGGGGCCUUUGGGAAGGUCUUCCUGGCCGAGUGCUACAAUCUCAUCCCCGAGCACGAGAAGAUGCUUGUGGCUGUCAAGGCCCUGAAGGAGGCGACGGAGAGCGCCCGGCUGGAUUUCCAGCGGGAAGCGGAGCUGCUGACGGUGCUGCAGCACGAGCACAUCGUCCGGUUCUACGGGGUGUGCACGGAUGGCGAGCCCCUCAUCAUGGUCUUCGAGUACAUGAAGCACGGAGACCUCAACCGAUUUCUCAGGUCCCACGGGCCAGAUGCCAAGAUCCUGGAUAACGGGAACGGCCAGUCGUUUGGGCAGCUGACCCUGAGCCAGAUGUUGCAGAUCGCCACCCAGAUCGCCUCAGGCAUGGUCUACCUGGCCUCGCUCCACUUCGUCCACCGCGACCUGGCCACGCGCAACUGCCUGGUGGGCCGCAGCCUGGUGGUGAAGAUCGGGGACUUCGGCAUGUCCCGGGACAUCUACAGCACGGACUACUACCGGGUGGGCGGACGCACCAUGCUGCCCAUCCGCUGGAUGCCCCCGGAGAGCAUCCUCUACAGGAAGUUCACCACCGAAAGUGACAUCUGGAGCUUUGGGGUGGUUCUCUGGGAGAUCUUCACCUAUGGGAAGCAGCCCUGGUACCAGCUGUCCAACACUGAGGCCAUCGAGUGCAUCACACAGGGCCGGGAGCUGGAGCGGCCCCGAACCUGCCCCUCGGAGGUGUACGACAUCAUGCAGGGUUGCUGGCAGCGGGAACCCCAGCAGAGGCAGAACAUUAAGGAGAUUCACAGCCGGCUUCAGGCCCUGGUCAAGACCCCUCCCGUCUACCUGGACGUCCUGGGCUAAGGACGGGGAUGGAGACGGGGAAGGAAACCGGCUCUUCCUUCAGGACGACCCCACCGGGAUCCUCCUCCUACCUCCUCGCCUGCCCCUCGCCCCAUCGACGCAUCGGCCAGGAUCCCACCCCCAUCCUGGGGUCAGAGGUGAUGGGACCACAGAGAGGUUCCCCGUCUCUGGCCUCGGCAGGACUGUUCCCUCAGCCAGGGGCGUCGGGAUGGGACCGAGUUCCCCAAGACCUGUCAACCUCAUACGAAAGUCGCUCCCUUUGGCCUCUUUCCAGCUCUGGCUGGUGGCCCGGGCUGCUGCCCUUUGCCCCCCGAGAGCGGUGGCGGGAGGGCGCGUGCUGCCCUCAAGUCAGACUCAGCCUCCAGAAGCCUCCUCACCCGCCGAAGACAGAUGGGACAGACGGAUGCUAAAGGGACAGAUGGAGGACACCCUCCACCUCAGUGGGUGGGGGACCCCUGCCCUGUGUCUCUUCCUACAGCAGACUCCACCCUGGCACUGCGACCCUCCUUCCGCCCCCUGCUAGGUGACGCGGACGCAUCAGUUAUUAGUUACCCACUGGCUGAAGGACUGACGCCAGCCAUGUAUAUUUCAGGGGGAGGACGCUUCGUGGGCCCAGACCCCCAAGGUUUGGGGGAAGGCCAGCGGGGCGGGGGGAGGGGGCGGGGAGGAUUGCUGUUGAAUGGAAUGAACGUGUUUAACGCUAUUUAUCAUUAUACACGCUAGCUCUUUACUGUAGUGGCUUAUCUGGGGUGGGGUGGAGAGAUUGGGCCAAGUCCUGGGGCUAGUUAAUCGUAAUAACGGGACGUUUGUCCGCCGCAGGGCUGGCUGUAAAAUCCCUUCGCAGCUCUUGGGCAACGACACCCACCUCUGAGCACCCAGAGCAGCGUCCAGACGUCCACGCUGCAGUCCUGGGUUAUGAUUGCAGCUAGCUGUGAUCUAGCCGGCUCCGGGACAGACAGCAGCAAAAACGCAGCAGCACUGGCUUGAGCGUGGGCCGUACCGGCCUGCCCGGGACCCUGGGUGAUUACGCCUGGGCUGUCCUGACUUCACAGCUCUGGUGAGGGCCGACGAGAGUGGGGGAAGCCGGUACAAAUUACCGGGGUCCAGCAGUCCGGGAUGGGGCCCAGGGCCUGGCUUCCCCGGCUUCGUCAGCCCUGUUUAGCCGGUCCACCCUUGCUGGGGGGCCCGAAACUUUUUUUUCCACCGGGGCCCGAACCCGCUCUCGGCGGCCCUGGCUCUGGUACCCACACUAGCUAGAUUAAGUCGCAUCCCAUGAUUGCAGUGUGUAGCCACACCCUGAAUGUCAGACCCGCUGUUGCCUGGCCCGUGCGAGCAGAUCCUCCCCUGGUGACGCUGGAGGCCUCAGGCCCUGCUUGGUGAUUGUGGGCUGGGGCUAGGAAGUCCAUCUGGCCAGCUGCUAAUGGGAGGAGCUGUCUGAGCCGGAAAGGUGAGUCAGGGAGCUAGCGUGUGGCUGCCCAGGCAGUCAGUCAUCCCCUCCUGACCCAGGGGUCACUAUGGUUCUCUGAAACCGAUGGGGCCUGAUUCUGUUCCCUCACCCUCAUGGAAUCUGGAGUGACUCCACUGAAGUUGCUGGGCCUGAUUCUCAUUUGCACCGAGGCCCCUUUUUGCUGCUCUGGCAGCGUAAAGGGGCUUUAGCUUUGGCAUAAAUUAUUAUUCUGUAUUUGUAUUGUGAUAGCAUCCAGGACCGCAGUCAUGGGUUAGGACCCCACUGAGCUAGAUCACUGCUGUGAGGGCUUGUCUACACUUGAAAAUUAAUCCAGAUUAAGGCAGGGUGUGAAUUUAAAGUGCUGUGACAAUUCCGGAAUAACUCUGGGUGUAGACAAGCCCAUCACAGUUCCAUCCGCUUUAUGGCCCCUUUACAUUGCCAGAGCAGUGGAAGGGCCUACACCCAGACUGACACCGGUUAAUUAAACUGGUUUAGUUAAAAGUGGUGCAAACCGCUGUGUGGACGCUUAUUCAGGUGUGAAGGCAGCUUAUUCUGCUUUAGUUUAACCCUAAGCCCGUUGCCAAAUGACUAAAGUGCAAUAAACCUGAUUUAAACCAAAAUGGAGGGAGGGGGAAAGAGCGUGGCACCAGUUUAACUAAAUCAGUUUAAAUUCACACCUUAAGGGCUUGUCUCCCUGGGGACACUCAGGAAAAUUAAUCCAUAUUAACAUUUAACGUGGGUUAGUUAAACCACAUUAAAUUCCUUAUUCAGAAUAAAAGUUUCCCCUUAAUUCAUGGUUUUUCCUUAAUGCAGUUUGGACAUGAAUUAAAUUAAACCAAGUUAAGGCCACUUUCAUUCUGAAUGAGUGUGUCCACACAGGGGCUUAAUGCAGUUUAACGAAUCCACUUUAAAUUCACACCUGUAGUUAAUUCCACUUAACUUGCCCAUGUGUCCCCAGAGAGGCAAACCCUUAAGUUAAACAAGUGGAACUUUCCCCUGGAGCCCAAGCCUCCGUCACAAGGGAAUUGAUGCUGCUGUAAGUGAGAACAGGAUCCUACGAAUCUAGAAGCUGCCUUCUGGAUCUCUGGCUUUCUCGGUGUUCCUAUCUCUGUAGCGGUGUUUCUGCCCUUGGCAGGGCUCUGGAUAGCAGACGUGGCUUUCUGAGCACUACGUCAACUCUGUGAAGGAAAAUAAUAAGGAAUAAAAUCUCCUGUCCAUUUCACUCAAACUCCAAGCGCUGGAUGGAGCGGGA